AUGUUCAUACUGGAUCUAUUAUGGCAUGCUGCUGUUGUGGUGGUAAAGUGGGUGGCAGUGGCGGCAGUGGUGCUGGUGUGCGUGGUGGUGAUGUGGGUGGUGGUGGAAAUGGUGCAGUUUUUGAUUCCACCGCUCAAUUUUCCCAGAAACAUACCCACGAUACCAUUUUACGUGUCUUUUCGUGGUGGUUUAGACCAAUUGGAAAUCUACGAGAGAUACUUACGGGACAAGUUGGAAAAAUAUGGAGCAGUCAAGAUCUACUUUGCGUCGAGAUGGAACAUCCUUGUGAGCAGACCCGAGUAUUUGGUGCACAUUUUCAAGAACGAGGACAUUUUCGCGAAAAGCGGUAAUCACAAGAAGAUCCCUGGGUCGUUGUUGGCCACUUACACGGGAGACAAUGUCAUCUCAGCCCAUGGACACUUGUGGAGAAAAUACAGAGAAGUUGUGGCUCUGAGCAUUCAGUUCCCCGACCUUGCACCUAUUGAAGAAAACACGGCUACGUUUAUGAAAGCUCUAGAACAAGAGUUGGAAUCGGGCUCUGCGAUUAUGGUUGGCGAUCUUUUGCAAAAAUAUUCUUUGGCAAACGUGGGAGAUUGCAUCGUGGGAGCAGACCUCAUCUCCAUGCACGAAAAGAUCAAAUACAUCAAGCUGCAAAUCUUCAAGCGAUUUUUCAUGUCAUUUCCCUCGGUGGAACGAUUCCCGAUCCCAAGUCGCAUCAAGGCCAGGAGAGAAGUUGAGGAAUUUCGCAACUGGUUUGGUGCAAAAAUUAUGCAGUCGAGGCGGGGAGCAGCUGCAAAAUUGACUGCAGCCUUAAGUGAUGGGAAGUUGACGCAGAAACAAUUCUUGGACAACUCGAUAAUCUUGAUGGUUGCUGGCCACGAGAACCCUUUGCUACUAAUGCUUUCCUUGUUGCAUGUUCUAGCCAAGAAUCCCACUGUGCAGGAUCAGAUUAGAAGGGAACCAGAGCCAACUCUAUCGGCGGUGAUCUACGAGACUUUGCGUUUGUUUCCGCCAUUGAACCAAAUUGUCAACCGCUGCACUACCAAAGUGGCAUAUUUGGGCGAUAUAAGAAUCCCCAAGGGGGCAUACGUGGGCUAUUAUAACAUGGGAACGGGAAGGGAUAGAAACAUUUGGGAAUCUGCAGACGAGUUCAAACCGGAGAGAUGGGGGUCUACGGUUGAGGAAGCUGCUGUUAACUAUUCCCAAGCAAAGCGUCUGGGAAAGUUGCCCGCAUUUCACGGCCGCAAGCGAGCCUGUUUAGGAGAAAAGUACGCCUUGUACCAAUGCAAGUUUUUGAUCGAGGCAAUUCUAGGAAAGUACAAAAUCUCGUUGGACGAAAGCUUUGAGGGAAGAAUAACAUCUGCUGGGCCUAUCGCGCCAGUGAAUAUGAAGUUGCACUUUAGCUGUUUAUAG